AUGCUCAAGUCACUAGCAAGUUCAUGUUCAAUUCUUUCUCCUCAUAAAACUCUUCAACGCAUUCGCCUUUCGAUUUUCCCCUACAACCACGCGUGUAAGUUUCCCAAACCCACAGCGAACGUAACCGUUUCCCAUCAAUUUUCCCCUUUCGAUUUUCCCGGCCACACCACCGCCGUCAUCGCCGCUUCAUCCACCGACGACAGCGGCAUCCCGUCUCAAGAUCUCGCAGUUCUCCUCGAAGUCGAUGGGGUUCUUGUGGAUGCAUACCGUGGGAAUCGCAUAGCCUUCAAUAAAGCAUUUGAGAAACUUGGACUUGAUUGUGCGAGCUGGAGCGAACCUGUCUAUUCAGAUCUUUUAAGUCAUGACAAUAUUCUCAUGGAUGCUUCUCUUGGGGAUGAAACCAGUUUGAUAAGGAGAAACCAUGUCAUCAAUACCUAUCUUGUGCCUAUUGACCACAAUCUUACUAAUAAUCUUGUAAAUGGUAUUGCUGAUAAGAUCUUUGACAUACUGCAUCUUUCCAUUACUGAAUUGAUGACACAAAUUUUUGUUGGAGGAGCUUUUGGAAUUUUACUUUUGGCACUCAUUCUCUAUGUUGUGUUCUAUAGAAGAAAAAAAGUUGCUCAAGUAACCCUUCUACCAGUCCCAGGUGCAUCUGAAGAACAAUAUAGCCAACUCCAACAUGGUUGUGGAAGUAGCUUGGAUAAGGCUUCCGAAUCAACUACUAUUGCUUCUCCGAGGUUGACUGGUAUUACGGUUGAUAAGUCAGUGGAGUUUUCAUAUGAGGAGUUAGCCAAAGCUACUGACGGAUUUAGCGCGGCAAAUAUAAUAGGUCGAGGUGGAUUUGGAUCUGUUUACUAUGCCGAGCUUCGCAACGAGGUUUGUGUGUUUAAAAUCUAUUUUAAAAUGGAAAUUCAAUUUAUUAGCAGCAAUGAACAUACUUAG